UUGCUUUUGUGUCAAAGUAGUUUAUAUAGGGGGACUUGGAAGUCCCCAGCGCUGAACCCGGAGCGGUGGCGGGCGCUGCGGGGCCGGGGUAGAGCCGCCAGCGCACAGCCCGCCAUGGAGCUCAACUCCCUGCUCAUCCUCCUGGAAGCAGCUGAGUAUUUGGAGAGAAGAGACCGAGCAGAGCACGGCUACGCUUCGGUGCUGCCCUUCGACAGCGACUAUUCCCGCAAGAAGAGCAAGGCUGGCCCCAUGGCCCGGAAAUCCCAGAGCAACAGGUCAUCGCACAACGAGCUAGAAAAACAUAGACGGGCUAAACUGCGGCUAUAUUUGGAACAGCUAAAGCAGCUUGUGCCUCUUGGGCCAGACAGCACCAGACACACCACUUUAAGUCUGUUGAAAAGAGCUAAGAUGCAUAUCAAGAAAUUGGAAGAACAGGACCGAAAAGCUCUAAAUAUCAAAGAACAACUACAGCGGGAACACCGCUACCUCAAACGCAGAUUGGAACAGCUCUCCAUGCAGGGCAUGGAACGCAUCCGCACUGACAGCAUGGGAUCAACAAUAUCCACUGAUUCGGAACAAGAAGUAGACAUUGAAGGAAUGGAAUUUACACCUGGUGAAAUGGACAGUAUUGGGAGUGCCAGCGAUGCUGAAGACCACUACAGUUUGCAAAGCGGUUCAAGCGAUGGUGGCUAUACACAUUCCCGCAGACUUAAUGCCAGGCUCUCCUAGUGCCUGAGUUACCAGCUCAACUCAGGACCAUCUAUCUAACUGAAGCACUUAUAAGAAAAUUCCAGAGGUGUCAACUGCCACUCUUCCAGGAAACCCCAACCACAAUACUCUGAAAUGGAGGUUUCUUACCCACGGUUCCCUGCACUGUAACCACAAUAUUAGAUAUUGUAAAUCAUGGUUUUGUUGCAGAGAACUGUGGUUAGGUACAGUUGUGACUUAAAGCUAGCUUGAUGUAGCCCUACUGCAAAUUUAAACAAACAAACAAAAAAUCAUAUCAUUCCAUUCAAGAAGUAUGAAAUUCAAACGAUUGGAAGCAAAUGACGAGAUAAGGACGUUUAAGACGAUUAUUUUGUGGAGACCGUUUUCAGAUGUCAAAAAAAAAUAAUGGAAACUAUCGUGUUAGUGAUUCAAAGCUACAAAAAUUCGACUACUUUUUCUGGGUUUUUUUCAUAAAGAAAUUAUGAAUGCUUCAUAGCAGCCUGUAGAAUAUAUAAAUUCUUUUAAGCAGCUGUGUUUUGAAAGAUUUAGAUGGAAAAAUCUUCAAAUCUCAAAUGAUCUUUUGAAGAAGGUCAUUGACAAGUCACUACUGUACUUCAAAACAGGGAAAAAAGCCAGCUCUAACAAUGACUUCAUGUGGGAUGAACUCAACUUUCUUUUGCUUUAUGUGUUUGACAUCCAACCAGCAGCCAACCAUUCUCUCCAUUUUAGCAGGGCUACUAGAAGUCAAAGUGGCAGUUCUGACCUGUUAUCGUGGAAUGGAUGACAUGUCAGUGUUUCGUUUCAUUUUGUUCAUUUGACAAAUUACAGAGUGCAACUGAUUCAGAUUUUGAUAGUUAAUCUUCCCUGCAAGGAAAUAAAAUUACUGUUUGCUUGUAUUUUUUUUCCUAUUUACAGCUGCCAAUACAUUUUUAUGGAAGGCAUGGCUUAAAAUUACAGUAUUCAGCUAGAAGAUAAUUAAUCAUUUUUUCUUUUUUCUUCUUCUUUUUUUUUUUUUUUGCACACUAUAAUUGCAUUUUCUAUUCUUUAAAAAAUGCAAAAAAAUAAAAUGUAUGCUGUAAAACAGCAAAGUUUAUUUAGUAUUCAUCAAGCUGUUCAGAACAUAUUUACCCAAAUUGUAGCAAUACUAUGGAGAUGUAUUCUAAUACAACUUCAGCUUAGUGAAGUCAUUAGAGCUUGGCUUGCUGGGUAAGAAAAAAUGGACCAGUCUUUACAUUAUCUGUUUAAAGAAGGUCUUUUAAAAAAAAAAAAGAAAAAAAGAUUAAAAAAAAGAAAAAAGCUAUAAACACUUUUAGAGAAGUGAUUUUAGCAAGUGUAGUCUAUAUUUCCUGUAAGAGAUUUUGUAUUAUAUUUUCCUAAAUGUUCUCAUUUACUUGUAUAGGGAGGGGAAUGGUACAGACCCAGACCAGAGUCUCAGGGACUCUUCACCUUCGUUAUAUUGUGCCUUGGUGACCAUUUUAUGUAUGCCUCUCCUUUUUCAUUGUUUAAAGGACAACUCAGCUUUGUUUCUUUAAGGACCUCUAUUUGAAUGAUCUUGUUACAAAUGAAGGACUGGGAGGUGUAUCUGUGUCUUAAUCCUCUUGCAUCCAGUUCUGUGAGGUUUUAAGUGAAAUUAUGAAAUUAGAUUUUGGUGAGAGGGUUCAUGAUCUUGCUACAGGCCCUCCUUGAUUCUUCAGCACCCAGCUCUCUGUUUUGUUACCUUACAAAGUCAGGGUCUCUGUGAGACCAGCAUUAAAUGGCUAUGGAAAUACAACCGUACUGUAUAAUGCUAGAGGAUGUCUACCUGUGGUGCCAUUUUUAGCAUUCAGAUAUAAAAACCUCAUGACAUACUGACCAUAGUGAUCAAAACAAAGAUUUGGUUGUUCUUUUAACAUUUGACAUAUGUGUCCUCCCUUUGGCUCUUACAACACAGAGUAGAAAUAUGAAUACAUUUGUGGCAGCUUACAAUCCUUGUUUGCACUCUUGCUUACUGCUUGGAACUUGCCAACAAGGAAAAUGAAUACUUUUAAGUUACGUAACCUAAUGUAUGGCUACCCCUACUUCGGCUCUGGGGCAGAGCCUAAGGUUAUAAACUCUGGCAGCUGAAAAAGAAAACAUUUAUCCUUUUCUGUGAUGCAGGUUUUGGUAUUAUGUUAUACACACCUUGCAUAUUACUAAAAUCCUCAUUGUUGGGGAAAGCACACAGCAAUAUAUUCAUUGUGUGUAGCUGACAAGCAGCAGAAACUACUAGCUCCUUUGGUGCAUAUGUAACUAAUUUCCAAAUCAUGGAAAAAUUAAGAGUUUACUUUAACACAUGACUGUUAACAGGAAAAAAGGCUAGUAAUAUUGUUGCUGUUCAUUUAUUCUAUAAUGAACACAUUCAUGAAUUGUAAAGUGUUUCUUUUCAUGACAAGCAGCUCUUGCACAGAACCUCCUAAUAAAAAAAAUUGAAACUCAUAGAAGGAGAGUAGAGAUUUUAAAUUGAACACUGUUGUUGAUCUGGAAUUCUCCUUUGAAAGAUGAAUGUGCUAACUUAAUGAGUUCUUCCACACUGGGUAUCCAUGGCUUUGUAGAUCUUAUAUUUUCAAUAAAAAUUACUCCAAUAAUCUGAGUAGAAAUGAAAAGGGUUUAUUUGUUUUUACUUUUAGUUAUUACUAUGGUAACCAUUAUGAAGACCAAGAAAAAAGGUAUUUUUCUCAUUGAAUGUUUGUCUUAAAACCUGAUUGACUAUGACAACUGUCAGACAUAGAACCCAUUUCUGCUAAUCCCUCCUAACCAAGGGAGUCUCCCUGAAGGCAAUGGCACAGUUGUUUUAAGUAUUACUUGCUUGAGUAAGAAAUAGGUAGGAUCAGGCCACUAGUCCAAGUGGUAUAAUUUCCAUAGCAAAGUGCUAAAUGCCAUAUGCUGCUUCUACUAACUUCAGUGUGAAAAGUUGGGGUCUUAAUAUUCCAUUUCAAAACGUUAGUCAUUGUCCCAUCCAGCACCAGUGCAGUGUUGUUAAUUAUAUUGCCUUGUUGCUUAGCUACUAGGGAUGAAUUUAGUUUUCUGGUUUUUCAUUCAUUUUAAAGGUGGAUCUUUGUCACUGCGUGUGCUUAGUUGUUAGAGCUGUGGUCCAAACAUUACUGCAAAACAACCUGAUUGAAUAAUCACUUUCUUGGAGUAACUCCAACUGAACUAUCAUUUCGUGUAAUGACAGUGUUUUUAAAUUAGAAAAUGUAACUUUUUUGUCAGUUACUUUUAAACUUUUUUCUUUCUGCAGUUAAGAAACAUGAAAGGGUUUGACGUGUACAAGAAUACAGGGCUGGUUCUCCCCUUUCUGGGAGGGAACUGUGGAGGGAGGGAGUUGCCAUGAAGCUUUCCUUGCGGAGGUUUGAUCUCUCUUAUGGAGCAAUGGUGAAGUUCUGCCAUCAGAACUUGCAGGUCCCACUAAGACCUGUGUCUCCACUGGUUUUGUGACCUUCUCCCUCCAGUUCAGUCAUAUACUCUGAGGACUUCAUCAGCUACAGCCUCAAUGGAGCCACAGAAGAGUCAAAGCAGCUCUAAGUUGCAUUUAUUUUUUUUCUACAGGAUCCCCCACUAAAUUUGUGGGGGAAGAUGCACAUUCCCUUGUUCCCAUUCUCCCCCCCUCCAGCAAUGCUUCUGCAAGCACAUGGAAGACUUACCCUUUCAUCUUCCUUUUUUAGGAAGUACUAUCAGUAAGGUGAACUCCUUGACAUGCACAAUCCCAUUCAAGAACUGGCCCCUCUUAUUUCCCUGUGUAAAAAUCAAGCUGAUUGCAGUGCCAGUUUUGCCAGAGUGCAGGAAUGGACCAAAAAAUAACAACGCUACAAAGUUACAUUUGGUAUUUGCAGCCAGGCUUCAACCUAACGUCUUAAUUCUUUAUUUUAAGGUUUUUAUUCAGGGCUUAUCAAACUCGGAUCAAAUAAAGAAAAGACCCCCUGGCUAGUGGGUAUUGGAGCAGAUGUAGCAGUUACAACUUACAUUUUUUUUGCCAACAGCUAGUUUAGAACAAUCCCAAUAGUACAAAUAAAAAUGAUUUGGAUUGAUAAAGCAUUUACAAUUUUUCAAUUCUCUUCUUACCAAUUCUCUUCUAUCAACACAAUGUAUUUUGGCAUAUGACGUUAAAAUACCAAACUAAUGAGAUGUGGAAGUUCAAAACAUCAUAAAGAGAUUCUGUGCAUAUGAGUUCAGUCUACAAGUGUGUGCUUGUGCCCCAUACCAAAGCUGUGGAAUCUAUUGGCCAGCUCUUUUCUAAGGGUUUAGAACAGCGUACAUGGGUGCAAAGAGUUAUCAUUUGACUUUUCUAGCAUGUUAAUUUGAUUAAUUAGUUUUAUCAGCUUUUUUCCACUCAAAGGUCAUUUCUAUAAGGAAAUUAAAAUCAUUUAAAUGUUUUUAACCCUGCCAGCACAGUCUCUGAACAAAAAUAUUAAAUAUCAUACAUUUUUGUAUGAAUAUGUAAAUAAGGUAAUGCCUGAAAAUCAAACUUCAGAAUUCUUCUUCAUUAGAAGGCCAUUGUUCCAUGUGUUACAAAAAUACAAAUAAUAAAGAUGAAUGUGUCUAAAUAUUUAAUUAAUGAAUAAUGCACUAUCCAAAGUUGGUUGAAAAGACUAUUGAGCCAUUAGGUUUCUGGUUUGUUUGUUUUUAAAGGAGCACUGCAUCACUGUAAAACAAAUGGAGCAGAUUCAUUGGAGUUGAAUUGUGUUCCACUAACAAAGAACAUGAGUCAGUGUGUUUAGUGAAUAAAAGGCAAUAUUCCUAUCUGAUCGCUGCAAAAGAAACAUCUAAUAUAGGUGUAUUAUGUAACUAUUAAAAUGAAAGUGUGACCUUUAAGCCUAUGUGUACAUCCACAUAUUAAUAAGGACUAUUAAAAACCAUGUAAUCAUUGUGGCUGCCAAUUUUAGAAAUGAAUCCAAGCAAAGACUCCUGGUAACCCAAGUACACCUGUAGUAUAGCCUGGUAGCAAACCACAGUGAAGGCAGACUAACUUCAAGACUUCCUCUUUUCACUUUGCAUGAGUAAUAGAAUUGUAAAAUGUGGUUUCACACAAUGUAUGUGGUUUAAAGGGUCUGUGCAAUAGGAAUUCUUAAUUGGCAAUACUUGGCCAAACAUGAAAUAUGUGAAAGAGGCACUUCUGCUGAGGAGGAUGCUUUACUGGUCGAAUUCUAGGGGCGUACUCGGUACAUUCUGUGCCAGAGCCAUUGGAAUAUACAUCCAAAAAGGAGCGCUUCAUAGCCUGUAAGAUGUAUGAUACUGUAAAGUUUCAUUUGUAAACACGUACAUGGUGCUUGCUACAUUCUGUAGCACACACUGAAAGUAUUGUGUUGUAUCAUUUUUUCAUUGUAAUAUAAAUACAAUUUUUAUACCUCAGAUAUUUGUGGUGGUUUUUA